GCCCUGCUGCAGGCUAAUCCUUUCUCUUGGAGCGAAUGCUGACUUCUGUGUCUCUGUCACUGGGUGUUGACGUGAGGCACCGCCCUUGUUAUUCCAGUGGGGGUGCUGGCGUUGGAUCCGACAGAUGGUCCAUAAUAGGCCACCCACUGUGUUCACGUGGCUCCUGCCACAGAUGGUCUUUGUGGUGGUGGGGCCCACUCAGCUGACCACGCUCUCCUUUCUGGCAGGAGACGUUCUAGACCCAGUGUCUUCAGUGGAAACGGAGCACAGGCUGUCUGCAGUCUCAGGCUUCCUAGCAGCCCUGAUAAGAGAAGUAGAGCAAUGCAGGUGACAUUAAUCCUUGCAGGUUUCAUUUCACCUCCAUAUCCAACAUUUUAUCUCAACAUGUAGUCUGUAGAAAACGUUAAUUUGAGCUUUAUGGGUUUUUUUCAUAUUAAGUCUUCAAAAUGCACAUGGGACGAGAUGUAAAGAAUGCUGAAGUGGGGGCAUUUCAGAGGUGUCUGCUUCUGUUUGCCUGUGCCUGCUGGGAAGUUGCAGUGGUCUGUGUGGCUUGUGUGUUGCGAGGUUGCGGUCUGCGUGGCUCACAUGUUGGGAGGUCGUGGUCUGCGUGGCUCACGUGUUGGGAAGUUGCAGUGGUCUUUGUGGCUUGUGUGUUGGGAGGUUGCGGUCUGCGUGGCUCACGUGUUGGGAAGUUGCAGUGGUCUGUGUGGCUUGCAUAUUGGGAGGUUGCAGUCUGCGUGGCUCACGUGUUGGGAGGUCGUGGUCUGCGUGGCUUACGUGUUGGGAAGUUGCAGUGGUCUGUGUGGCUUGUGUGUUGGGAGGUUGCAGUCUGUGUGGCUCACGUGUUGGGAGGUCGUGGUCUGCGUGGCUCACGUGUUGGGAAGUUGCAGUGGUCUGUGUGGCUUGCGUGUUGGGAGGUUGCAGUCUGUGUGGCCCGUGUGUUGGGAGGUUGUGGUCUGCGUGGCUUGUGUAUUGGGAGGUUGUGGUUCACGUGGCUUGCAUGUUGGGAAGUUGCUGUGGUCUGCGUGGCUUAUGUGUUGGGAGGUUGUGGUUUGUGUGGGUUGUGUGUUGGGAGGUUGCAGUCUGCGUGCCUUGUGUGUUGGGAUGUUGCUGUGGUCUCUGUGGUUUAUGUGUUGGGAAGUUGCUGUGGUUUGCGUGGCUCGUGUGUUGGGAGGUUGCAGUUUGCGUGGCUUGCGUGUUGGGAAGUUGCUGUGGUCUGUGUGGCUUAUUUGUUGGGAGGUUGUGGGUUUGUGUGGCUCAUGUGUUGGGAGGUUGUGGUCUGUGUGGCUCACGUGUGGGGCGGUUGCUUGGCUCGCCUGUUGGGAGUUUGUGGUUUGCAUGGCUUGUGUGUUGGAAAGUUGCUGUGGUCUGUGUGGCUUAUCUGUUGGGAGGUUGUGGUUUUUGUGGCUUGCAUGUUGGGGGGUUGUGGUCUGUGUGGCUCACGUGUUGGGAGGUUGUGGUCUGCGUGGCUCAUGUGUUGGGCAGUUGUCUGCUUGGCUCACGUGUUGGGAAGUUGUGGUCUGCGUGGCUCAUGUGUUGGGAAGUUGUUUAUGUGGCUUGUGUGCUGGAGGUUGUGGUCUGCGUGGCUUGCACUGUAGUUCUUUUGGACAGCCUUGUUCUGCAGUCUGUGCUCCAGCCCUGGAAUUGCCACAUUCUCCAAGAAGCCCUGGUUUCUUGACUAGAGAGCCUUGUUUAGAAGCCAGGACCUGGGUUCUGGGUGAAGCCCUCUGCAGAUAGAGCUGGGAGAUGCCUGUGGUGUGUGUCUGCACCACAUACAUGGACACUGUGCAGAAGGAUUCUGUUGGCACCUGUGUUUACAUGGGUUGAAAACUGUUUUUACAUGGAAACUUCCAGUUCCCUCGUGCCCCGUGGGUUCCCGCUUCUUCCCUUUCAGUUUUGUGUCUGCGCCGUGAGGACUUGACUCCUAAUCUACGUAUCAACUCCGUGUCCCAUGGCAGCUGACCUUCCGCCUCUCCCCCAGGGCCCUGCUCCUAAUCUGCGUAUCAACUCCGUGUCCCAUGGCAGCUGAUCUUCCGCCUCUCCCCCAGGGCCCUGGCCCUCCUGUGGGCUCUGAGACUUUGCAUGGAUCGGCGGUGGGGAGCUGCCCCCACACAAACGUCCGGCUCUUCUCAGGCCAGGUGGCUGCCCUGACAUGGCAUGAUGUCCAGCGCAUGGACAUCACCCUUGCACUGGAGCCCAGCCAACCCCUGCAUGACAGCCCUCUUCCCCCUUGAACCCCAAGUCUGCACACACCAGUGCCUCCUCUUCCUGGAUCCUCCUGAUGGCCUGUACACAGAACUGGGGUGUGGGUGGUGGGUUUUUAAAUGAAAACCGGUCCACACAUGCUUGAGAGCUGGAGCCGCCUGCUGUCAAGGCAGUGCCAUGCUGACCUGCUGACCAUUCCAUUUUGUCAAGGCUCAUGAGCAAUUUUAAAUGUUUACUUGUGGGUGAAGGUUUUUGUUUCAGCUGUACCCCCUAUAGCAGGGCCACGGGGAGCCGAAGAGGUUCUCCUUGGCACCUGUGCGUGCUCUGCUGUUGCCAGUGAGUCUGAAAUUCCAGGGAAUGCCGUGAGGGGCCCUCUGGCGUUUGUUCUUGGACAAAUGUGCUUUCAUCCCCAUUAAGCCCUGCUUGUUGACCUUCAUUUCAUUUGUGCUGCGCUGCCCCUCCUGAGGGACAGACGCUCAGGCAGUGCUUCCUUCUAGAUGGGCUAUCUGAAGAGGAAUGGGGACGGGAGCCUGCUCUACAGCGUGGUCAACACGGCCGAGCCGGACGCUGAUGGCAGAGGAGGAGACCCACCCGGUGGACUUGAGCUCGCUCUCCAGUAAGCUACUCCCAGGCUUCACCACGCUGGGCUUCAAAGAC